CAUAGGCUACAGUAACUGCUUACCAUCAGGCGGGCCAUGUGCUUGUUUGCCACCUCAGUGGUAUAAAAAAAAGAUGAGCCGCACGCUCGUUUGCCCGCUGUGUUGUAAAAAAAAUCUAGACAUAAAACUGAAUUAUUAAAAAUAUAGGUAUAGGUAUAGGUAACCUAUUUUUAUUAGUUCAGUUUAAAAUAAAUUCAAUAGACAAUUUACAGCAUUAUGAAUAAUGUCAUGAAACUGUCAUGAGCCACCGUUAUAUUGUUUCGAAAAAUAAAAAAAUAAUUUAGUCGGAAAUUAUGUUGCUUAUAGAAUAUAGUUGAAUUGGAAAUACAGAACCGAUCUAUCGUAGAACAAGCUAAGCUAGUAUGGUUGCACAAAAUGUCGACCGAUGGCGUGGGGCGUGGUCACACUCAGCAAGGACUGCAGGCAGCAGCUGGCCGGCGUGCUGCGCGCGCUGCUGAUCGCGCAAUUGGUCGUGUCACUCUGUAUGGUCAUAUUCUGUUAUAAUACCUCGUUGAAGGUGAUGUCUCUACUCGAGCAUAUUCAUAAGCUGACAGUGUACCUCCUAUACGGUUUGAUCCUAUUACAAGCAUACGCCAUGAAGCUUCACUACACGAGUGGUCUCCGUCUCAUCACGCUUCUCUUACAAACUCCGUACUGGCCCCGAGCUAGUACGGUCAGCAGGAUAUGGCUCGCCAGUGGCACAAUGGUGGCUGCUAAUGGACUUUUGGUAUAUGCAGCUUGCAGAGGCACGAUGAAGGCGCUGAUGAAAGAACUGUCAUCAUCACUACGUAUCGGCAUCUCACAGUACCUCACAGAACCAAUGUGGAAGCGUCUGAUGGAUACGAUGCAGGUGGAGUUGAAUUGUUGUGGUGCCGACAAGCCUGGCGACUGGCACGAGAUACCUUGGCUUAACAUGGACUUCUUUAAUGAAGAUUCUGAUUUGAUUAUGAGAAUAGCGGGCUCCGAUGGCAAGGUGCUCCCGCCGGUUACACCGUACUCCUGUUGCACUUCGCGCGUGCUGGCUGCCUGCUACCAUGACCCUCUGCAGCAGGCGGCGGGCGUGGACGGCGAGGCGGCGCUGGCGGCGGCGUCGCAGGCGGCUCGCGGCUGCGUGGACGCUGUACGCGCGCCGCUCGCCCGAGCGUUGCUCGCGCUGCACUGCUUCAACAUGCUCGUCUGCCUGCUGCAGGUGCUGAUAUUGUGGCUGACGCUGCUACUGCGCAGCAGUGCGCGGGCGGCUGUGAUGCGCGGCGCGUGCGCCGGCGCCGGUGCUGUGCGCCUGUUGCCCACCCGGCCCUGCGGGCGGCAAGUAGUAGUAACAAAUACCUUUCAUUAGGGAUUAGGUAUUGCUCCUAUUGCCAGUAAUAUAUUCUCUAUCAAGUUGCCCUCU